CUCAGCUUUAUUUUGGAUUUUUGUCAGAUGGGGGGGCGGUCUAAUGUUCGGAACGAGCUUCUUUGUCGGUUUGUUUUUCCUGAGAGGCCUGGUGCUUUGAUGAAAUUUUUGGAUGCUUUGAGUCCACGUUGGAAUAUUAGUUUGUUCCACUACCGCGGACAGGGUGAAACAGGUGCAAAUGUAUUGGUUGGAAUUCAAGUUGCGCAGUCCGAAAUGGAGGAGUUCCGAGAUCGUGCCAACGGUCUUGGUUACGAUUACAUGGUGGAGAACACUAAUGAGGCAUUUCAACUCUUAAUCCACUGAUUAGGCUUGGUGAUAUUAUGUUGAAAUCAGAUUGGACAAUCAAUGUCCCGUGAAGACUAAUCAUGAAGUACGCCUGUUUUCCACAUCCCGUGGAGAAAAAUAAGAGUAGUUUUUGUAUUUCACUAUUUAUUCUCUCUAUUUCUGUAUGAUUAGGUUUUUUUUUACUUUUUUUUUUUCAUUAGUUGUUAAUAAAGGAAAUUGUAUAAGUGUUUCAUCCUAAUGUUUUCCUACUUGUUGAUUGUCUCUCUACGUACAUUGUUUUAUUUGGCGUUGUGUUUGCAAUUCAUUGUAAAAA